AUGGCCCACAUGAGACACUUUCGGACACUAGUUUCUGGAUUUUAUUUCUGGGAAGCCGCACUAUUAUUGAGUUUGGUGGCCGUGAAGGAGACAAACAGUGCACGGUCUCGGAGUGCUCCGAUGUCACCUUCUGACUUUCUGGACAAGCUAAUGGGGAGGACAUCGGGGUAUGAUGCAAGAAUCAGGCCCAACUUCAAAGGACCUCCAGUUAAUGUCACUUGCAACAUAUUCAUAAACAGCUUUGGCUCCAUCGCAGAGACAACUAUGGAUUACAGAGUAAACAUUUUCCUUCGUCAGAAGUGGAAUGAUCCUCGUCUUGCAUACAGUGAAUAUCCUGAUGAUUCAUUAGACCUUGACCCAUCCAUGUUGGACUCCAUUUGGAAACCAGACUUGUUCUUUGCUAAUGAGAAGGGGGCUAACUUCCACGAAGUCACCACAGAUAACAAGCUGCUUAGAAUUUUCAAAAAUGGAAAUGUCCUUUACUCAAUAAGGUUAACGUUAACACUCUCCUGCCCGAUGGAUCUCAAGAAUUUCCCAAUGGAUGUACAAACAUGCAUAAUGCAACUUGAAAGCUUUGGAUACACGAUGAAUGAUCUCAUUUUUGAAUGGCAAGAUGAAGCCCCAGUCCAAGUGGCAGAAGGACUCACUUUGCCUCAAUUUCUGUUGAAAGAAGAAAAAGACUUACGAUACUGCACCAAACACUACAAUACAGGAAAGUUUACAUGCAUAGAAGUGCGAUUCCAUCUUGAGCGGCAGAUGGGCUACUACUUGAUCCAGAUGUAUAUUCCCAGCCUUCUGAUUGUAAUUCUAUCCUGGGUCUCCUUCUGGAUUAACAUGGAUGCAGCCCCAGCUAGGGUAGCUUUGGGUAUCACCACUGUUCUUACGAUGACCACACAGAGCUCUGGAUCCCGGGCCUCAUUACCAAAGGUGUCCUAUGUCAAGGCUAUUGACAUUUGGAUGGCAGUGUGCCUCCUCUUUGUGUUCUCAGCGCUUCUGGAGUAUGCAGCCGUGAACUUUGUCUCGAGGCAACACAAAGAGCUGCUGAGGUUCCGGAGAAAGAGAAAGAAUAAGACAGAAGCUUUUGCACUGGAGAAGUUUUACCGUUUCUCAGACACGGAUGAUGAGGUGAGGGAAAGCCGGUUCAGCUUCACUGCCUAUGGAAUGGGGCCCUGUCUGCAAGCCAAGGAUGGUGUGGUUCCAAAAGGCCCCAACCACGCUGUCCAGGUCAUGCCAAUGAGUCCUGAGGAAAUGAGGAAGGUCUUCAUCGACAGGGCUAAGAAGAUUGACACCAUCUCCCGAGCCUGCUUCCCGCUAGCAUUUCUGAUUUUUAACAUUUUCUACUGGGUUAUCUAUAAAAUUCUUAGGCAUGAGGACAUUCAUCAGCAGCAAGACUAA